AUGGCAGAAAUCACACCUUCAGCAGACGCUCAUAUCAUCCGAACCUAUCCAAAAGACUAUGCCCAAUCAGAUACUGAAUCGGAGGGAGAAGCACAGUUGGAAGUAGAUACUGAGGAUGAAGAACAGCAGUCUAUUUCUACAAGACUCCAGCAAAAUCAGCAGUAUAUGGAUCAGCAAAUCAUGCCACCAUCUGCUUGGAUAUUAGAGCCUCAAGCCUGGCAAACGACAGAAGGCACUGACGUUGUUUUGAUCAGAAAGCCAACAGCAUCAAACUUGUCGCACAGACUGCUCCAUCCAUUCAUAUAUAGGAAUGUCAAAAAUAUUGGCACUUUGGACGACCUCGCAGCUCUCCUGGACACUCCUGACGACUGGGAAGAGCGCUACAAUCAAGUGGUUGCUGAUGGAGACACCAUUCGGGAUAUGGACGACUUUCGCAACCUUCCUGAUGACACAGCAGAGAGUGAUAUCCAAUGGCAGUUUGGUGGGCUUGUCUCAGCUAUCGCCACUCGUCUCCGUGUUCGCAUUCGUCCCAGCUCCGAAACCAAGAUCAUUGUGGGCGGAAUCCUGGCAAGAUAUCAAUAUGAUCUUCGCAGCAAAACUGAUCCCCAUUUUCUCAACACCAGCGGUUUAAACCUGAUUGCCUCUGAAGCCAAGACACAUCUCACCUUUGCUCCUGGUGAAAUGUGGUAUCACGGCUCAAGAGGCAUUCAGGUUUUGUCGGCUUUGUAUGCAUUCAACUGUCCAACAUUCCUUUUCACCCAAAGGCAGUGGAAGUUGUUUGUUGAAAACAGCGAUCGCAAUGCUGUAUUGACAUUUCCGUAUGAUGACAACCUCGACCAUACCCCUCAUGUAAACUCCAGUCUGGUUCAGCCAAUGGGGACAACAUUCCUCAAAGCCAUUGUCAUUUGUCUGUUGUCCCGACGAGUCUCUUUGGAGGAGUCUAUGAAAGCAGUCACGCUUCAAGAAUCGUCUCAAAUCAAAGAGACGCCAAAAAAAACCAUCAUCAAACCAAAAUAUUUUGACACGCCAGAUAAGCCGAAAAGACAAUCAGCUCGUCUGCAGAAAGCAUCUAAUCCAUCGUAUGUGUCGGGUUAUGAUGACAAAGGGCUGCCAAUCUAUACUGUCAUUCGAGUGGUCCCACAAGAAGUUGUCAUACGGAUUGAAGAUGAAAUUGCCGUGCAGGAAAAAAAGGAAUAUCUGAGGCAGACUAGUGAAAUGACUUUGAUUGAAUAG